CGUCAGCACUCACGCAUGCUCUGUAAACGUCUGUUCAAAGAGGCAUCCACCAUAAGUGGCACCCGCCGGAGGUGCACACCCACUGGCCACUCGAUCGAGAGGCAGCCUUCCGCACGCAAGAUGGCCCGGAACUCAAAACAGGCGACCGUGCACCUCAGUAUGAACGAAAGUGUGUCCGACUUGGUCAACCGACUGCGAUUCCCUGAAGCCGUCGGCGAAUUGGUCCUCAGUAACUGCAUCGCCACCGAACCGGCAGAGCUGUGUGAGCAAAUCGGCCGCUGCGCUGCACUGCGUUUGCUGCGCUGCGUCUCCAGCGUGCUACGGCCUAGCCAGCUGCUCCAGUUGACGCUUGGCAAACUCCCACGUCUAGAGCGACUCGAAUUAUCGCUCGUCGCCGACGCGGCCGUCGACUCCGAGAUCGGCAACGUGCGCGAGAUGGCGUCGCAGAGCGAGGGUGUCACUCCGUCCCAUGAUCUACGUGAAAUGUACGUCGAGGUAGGUGGCGACCGUAACUUCGACCUCCUCCAGGAGCUUCUGAAGUUCUACCCAAAACUAACCGAACUGCACGUUCACUUCGUGCGGGGAUACUUGUCCGAGUCUGUGGUGCGGUGUUACCGAAUUGUGGAAGAGCUCCCUGGGCUGGAAACAUUCACCUUCACCUCCGAACUAGCGGCCAGCCUUCCUACUCCGGAUGUGCCAUGGUUUUCGGGAGUGUUAACAGUCUACGCAGCUAUGUGCGACAACUUCCGCCACGAAAGGUCCUGCGCCUCGAAAAAUAUCUUUGAACUGGACAAACUGAGGAGACGCACUGGUACCGUAUUUCUUCCGUCGCAGCUGGUAGUUCUUGCCGUUGCUGACAGUGACCUAUGGGGAGAUUGCUUCAGCUUGGCGAGCAGCCGAAAAGUCUGGACAAACGUCCGUGAACUCUGUUUCCUGCUGCUCCAGCCAAAUGCCUGCGUCGAAUUUCACCAGGAGGCACGCAGCGCGUACUGCGGAGGCCUCAAGAAGCUCUUUCGCGUCGUGCGUGAAAGCAUCGCAGAGCUUAACCUGAGUUCGUUUCACUUUCCCCUCGAUUUCGACCUCGCCUCACAGCUCGGGGUCAGGCUGCCUAAUCUGAACGCGUUCUCUGUCCCACCAUGCGCGUUUCCGAGCCACUCCGACGUGCGUCGUUUCGAGAAAAUCUGCCCCAGGCUCCAAGAUCUGGACGUGCGCCUCGAAAAGCGGCGGGGUCACUUCCGGUGCCGCUCGUGCGAGCUUCUCAGAGACCAGCCACCAUCGCGGGCGGCCGCCUCGUCGUCGUCUCGGAAUAGCGGCAUCGCUAGGCUCACCCUUUGCGGCGUGCCGUCUAACGUUCUGCGGUGGUUUGUCGAGUGUUACGGAGCUGCGGUUAAACUUCGACUGGCCGAGUGGUCCCCUGUGGAGAGCCUGCAAUGCAGCGAUUUGCUCCGGCUUCUGGGCAAGAAGAGCGCUGUCCACUGCCUCGUUCUGAAGCAUCAACAUCUGCCGAUCAGCGAUGAGCAUCUUCAGGCCAACCUGUUCCGUUUGACCAGCCUGCAGCACCUGUGCCUGCUGACGUCGAUGCAGAUCUCGGACGUCGACGCGUCGAAAUUCGCGCAUGAGAUCGCCGCCUGUGCACGUGGGCUGAAGUGCGUGCACAUGCACUACAGGCGCGACGACGCCGAGUCCGAGAAACGGGUCACGUGGUUAAGAGGACAGCACGAGCUUGAGCCAUUGCUGGACCGUCCCUGCUUUGGUUGUUGCUCGACGGCGACGUUCAUCGGGCUAUUGAAACCAGUCAACCGCAAGUGCGACGCGGACCUGUAAGCCGAGUUGACGAAUACACGUGUUAUAAUUCAUGGAUUCCUCAAUCGUCACAUCCGACAUUAAAACAUUAUGCACGUUUUCUCAAUAGUCACUUCUGGUUUUAAUCAUUAUGCUGCUCCGACUCUUUUUUAUUUGUGGACUCUUCCUUUCGGAGAUUCGUUUUUUUAGAAAGUGCGAUGACGGUGAUGCGCGAUUGUAUU